AUGCGUCCACCGAACGCGACCGCGGCGUCGGCGACGUGCUCGAUCGCGCGCACGCGAUGCGACGCCAUCGACGCCGCCCUUCGCGGUGGCGUGCGGACGCGGCAAAUCACCGAGGUGUGCGGUGAGAGCGGGACCGGGAAGACCCAUCUGUGCGCCCAGCUCGCGUUGUUCGCCCAGCUCGACCUGGGUGGAUCCACGGUGUACGUCCACACCGAAGGUCGAGCGCCGACGGAUGUGAUGCGACGGAUGACGACGACGAGGCGGUUCGUGGAGGCGUUCGGGGGAGACGCGCGCGCGCGCGGGGCGCUCGAACGCGUGUACGCGGUGAAGUCGUUGGGCGACGCGGAUGGAUUACGAGAGACGUUGGAGGGCGUGAGCGCGGUGUUGCGGUCGCCGAUCGAUGUGCGCGCGCCGGUGCGGUUGAUCGUCGUCGAUAGCGCGACGGCGCCGUUCAGGGAUGCGGAUGGGGGGGGGGCGACGUACGCGGCGAGACGCGCCGGAACGUUGCAUAAAAUGACGAUGCUGUUGAAGGAGUACGCGAGCGUGCACGAUCUCGCGGUGGUGGUGACGAAUCACGUCGUGGACGUCGUUCAGGCGGGGGAGUGCGUCGGGGGGUUGGGUCGGGCGUUUAUGGGAUUGGACACGAGCGGGCGGCGCGCGCAGCCGGCGCUCGGUUUGAUGUGGGCCAACUGCGUGAACACGAGAUUGUUUCUCACCAGACACGACGCGCGCGGACGCGGUGCCGUCGUGGCGUGCGGGGGCGUUCGACGGCGCCUACACGUGGUGUACGCCCCGCAUCUGCGCGAGGCGACCGUCGAUUUCGUCCUGAGCGACGACGGCGUUCGAGACGCGCCCGCGCGCGACGACGCCGCGGGCGUCGAGCCGAUCCCGAAUCUAUGA